AUGGAUAUCAACAAUAUUGAUGGGUUUGUUAUAUUAGAAGAUGGAAUUGAUAUAAAUACAAUUUAUGAGUUAGAAAUCAGUGUAGAUAUUAAUAAUGGUAUUGAAAAUAAUAAUAAUAUUAUUACUUCCGAUAUUGAUAUUAUAAAUGUCCCACUACCAUCUUCUUCUGAAGCUGAUGAAAUUGAUAAUAAUAUUAUUAUAAAUACUAUUUCUGAGACACAAAUCAAUGCAAAUAUUAAUAAUGCUUUUGAAAAUAGUAAUAAUAAUAUUAUUAUUUCUGAUAUUGAUAUAAAUGUCCCAUCUGAAGAUCUGAUUGUUGGAGUGUCUAGUAAAAAAAAAAGAAAGAUUGAUGUUCGUUUAAAUGAAAAACAAAAACGUGCCAUAGGUGAGAGCUAUAAAAAAAUGAAGAAAGAUAAUAGUUUUGAAGUUGUCAAAAAGAAAAAAAUGAAAGAAAAUGUUUGUAAAACCAAAUGCAAAAAAGAGUGUGCAGCCAUCAGUGAAACUGAAAGAUUGGCUAUAUUUAAUAAAUAUUGGUAUGAACUAAAUGAUUAUAAUAGAAAAAGAGACUAUUUAUUAAGUUGUAUGGAAAAGUCCCCCAUCAAAAGGACUUAUGUUUUACAUGAAACUAAUCGUUCUUACACUUUUCGUUAUUUUCUCUCUGUUGAUAAUGUUGAAAAAGAAGUAUGUAGAAAAUUUAUUCUUAGUACACUGGACAUUUCAGAAAAAUUAUUGAGAUAA